AUGGGGGAAAGACUACCCAUCUAUAUUGCGAAGGGAGAUAAGUCUAACGAAAUUAGACUAGAUGAUUUGGUUGACGAUUGUCCACAUCAGUGUACCUAUUUUCCUAGUCUUGUCCAAGUUCCUACGUUCACGAUGAGGGGCAUGGAGCCUGUUGAGUCCCGCUUCACACUCCCUAAGGUUACGCGUAUUGAAGCAAGGAGCCACAACUUGGACAUGUUUAUGCAUUUAGAUGGUGACACUGGCUAUGGUGAUAAGUUCACACUGGCUAUGGCUCCAACCCUUAAUCUAGAUGGAACUUCUGAUACUGGAUAUUUUACUCCGAUAAAAAAGUGUUUACUUAUUAUUACUCACUUUCUAUGUUUUGUGAAGUUUGGUCAUGUUGAGUCUGUUUCUACUCUGAACAUUAACAGUUUUCAUAUUUAUAUAUUACAUGGAGCAAAGAAAACGCUUGCUGAUAAGUACGAAUAUGUGAUGCACGGGAAGCUUUACAAGAUCACUGAGAGUGAUGGCAAAACUCCUAAAGCGGGAGAUCCAGCUCACAUUUCUCACUUUGAGCUCGACCAGAGGCUCUUCCUACUGAUGAGGAAGCUGUGA